UCGCGUUUGUUUUGUUGACGUUGUGCGUGAGAUUCUUCCGUCAUCCGGCUCUCGCGGAAUCGGCUUCUGUGCGCGGUUCAUCGAACAUCCUGCGGGCUAAAAAUAGCCCUCGUUCGCUUUACAAACAACAAUGCCAACGCAGAAGAAAAAGGCCAAACACCAGGACGCCGUCAAACCGGCGGCGGCGACGGUCCCCGCUGCCGUCCAGAUCAAAUCGGAACCACUGGACAUAAAACCGCUAAGCGCGUUUGUGGACGAUCGGGUUGAGCUGAUCCGGCAGGCCUUCAUGUGCCUGAAGCCGAAGGAGAUUACCUGUUUGGCGCCGGACGGCCUCCAGAGCAAGUCGAUCGAGUUCAUCCAGGAGCAGUGUUUGGACGAGGUUCUAGGGAUUUCAACGAAGCGGCUGCUCUCGAUCAUCAACAGCACCCAGUGUCCGACGGAUACGGACUCGUCGGACGACGAGGAGGAGCAGACCGUCGAACACAUCUCGCUGGACGAAAUCUCGUCGGACUCGGAGGAUACACUCGACAAACUUGCCCUUGAUCUUGCAAACCUUCAGCUCGGCCUGCCCAAUCCGCACCAGGUCGCCCCUCUUGAGCUCGUCCAGAUACAUCUCCAAACUCGUAACGUAGAUCACGUUUUCAACCUUCUUGUCCUCGUACGUCUGAUUGCUCGUAAGAACUUUACCCUCGGGAUCACUCCACUCAGUUCGCACGCAAUGCCAACGACCGGUUUCCACGGGGACAGCUCGGAAGCAUGCUGGUCGAUGGCCUCGUUUACCGUGGCCAGCAGCUUCCGGCUUUCCGGCGUUGAAUGUAGACCAAAUCGAAUCAGCAAGACUUUGACGCCAGCUCGCAGCAAUCUUACGACGGAUUCCACCGUGUCCGAUAUCCCAAUACUCUUUGCAGAUGGCAAAAAGACCGGAACUUCAACGGCGGCCGCCAACAAAAACGGUGACAAGAAGAGCGAAAAGGAAAUGACCGUCCUGGAGCUGCUGGAACUGCAAGCACGCGCCCGUGCGAUCCGCUCACAACUAGCCCAAGAACCGGUCACCAAAAUCGAGCUCGACUCCGACGAGGAAGCUGACAAGGUAGCUCCGACGAGCAAGAAACCGGCCAGCAACAGCGCCCCUCCAGCGGAUGCCGCCAAACCGUCAUCCAAAAGCAGCAAGACCUCUUCGCCGGCCAAGAACCAGCCCAAGCGGGUUCGCCUGAAGCGUAACUUCCGCGUGCGUCAGGUUGGCGACGAAGACCCACCCGAAGAAGACGGUGAACAGCAAGCUGCCGAUCAGCCGCAAAAGAGUGCGAGUGUACGAGAGUCGAGAAGCAAGUCGAAGGAAAAGGUCGCGGAGGUAAAGCCGAGCGAGGAGACGAAAGAGGAGUCGGCGAAGAGCCGGGACAGUUCACCGGAGGUCAUUCCGGUGAUUCCGAGUCCGGAAACGUUGUGCAUAUCUUCGGACUCGGAGGAGGAGAAGGAGCGCAAGCGAAAGGCUUCCAUUUUCGUUGACAACAUUGAGGAGCUGGACCGGUUGGCCAAGGAAAAGGCUAAACAACUGGAGGCGAAGAAGGCACAAGAAGAAAACGACGACACUGAGGAGGGCGAGAUAUCGGAGGGAGAGCGGUCACGGAAGGAAUCGAUUGGUAGCGUUAAAGCGAGCGAGGAAAAAAACAACUCCCCUAAGAAGGACGCCAAGUUGGACAACGAAGAAGAGUUGGACUACGACGAAGUGAAAGAGCUAUCCGACUCGGAACCAGACACGAGUGUUCCAACGAUUCAACCGGAACCGAAAGAACCCUCCGUCGAUGAAAAGGUUAGCGACUCGAGCGACAGCGAAGCCGAAAGUAGCAGCGGCAGCAGCAGCGAAGCUGAACCGGAGGUCGUCAAACAGCAGCCAAACAAGAAGAAACAAGCUGACGAAAUCGAAGACGACGACGAGGACGACGACCCGGAUAUCGUGGAGAUUCACGACUCGGACGACGAAACGCUGCUCGACCAGAAGCUAGCGGAAGAGGAAGACGAGCCGGAAAAGUCGUGGGGCUCGCGCUGGCUCGAGAGCAACCGGGUUGCCAAGGUGAUGGCGGCCUCCCGGCUGGGCAACAAGGUGCGCGACAAGCUGAAGAAAAAGAAGAAAAAGCAAAAGCAGGACGAAGAGGAUGCGGUGGCGGCGGCGGCAGCCGAAGUUGUAAGGCAAGCCGAAGAGAAGGAGGCCGAAGCGAAGGCGGCGGAGGAGCAGCAGCCGGUGUCGACGGCGGAGGUCGGCUCCGUUGAGCACUACAAUGAGCUGAUGUCCAAGGUGGGGCCAGCGGAGACGGAGACAGCGGAAGAGGGAGAAAAGGACGAGGCGGAGAAGACGGAAUGAGCUGGAGGUAAGUACGUACGAAAGUAUUCCUUUACUUUUUAGAAAUGUAAUCUGAUGCAAAUGGUGGA